AAUUUUCAUGCAUCAAGUAAUUUUCAAACACCAGGCACCGACAAAUUUCUUACAAACACUGGUUUUCAAAAUUCUACUCUACCAACUCACUCAUUUUCAAUUCCUUCAUCCGAUCUAAAAAAUCGCGACCAACCCAAAAAUGGAGACGAUCCGGCCCGCACAUCCUACGACCAUGGGAAAUGUUCAACCCUCAUCCGAGGUCACUGCAAAGUGGGAACUUGGUGUGUCUCUCAUAUUGUAUAACUGGGACGUCCUCACGGAAGCUGUGAAUAAUCUGUGGGGCGGGGAGGAUAGUUCAGGCAAGCGGGAUUGGCUUGCUGGGGCUAUCGUCGAAAUGUUUGUGGGGCGGCCGGAGACCGACGAAUACGACAUCGAGGAGACUCUAUUGCAGGUCAUGGGGGAUGAAUUUUCCGUGUGUCUGGAAGACGACUCAUCAUGGGUUGUAGCACGCCAGAUAAUCGUACUGCGAAGGGAGAUCAUGGACGGCAAUUUCUCUACCGUCGAUAAGCUCCACGCAAGAUUCCUUGCGAGGCCCGGGAACCCGCCAGCUUCAAUGUUCAAAGAGGUGGUUGACGAAAGUGGCUCAUCGUCUAGCGAGGAGGGCGAGGGUGACGAAGAAAUGGGAGAUGCUCCCUCUGCAGCGCCAUCUGAACCCAGGCAACCCCGGCAACCACUAGAGCCAACCAUCGAUGAGGAAGGAUUCGAAUUGGUGCGGAAGCGGGGAAGUAGGAGGCGAUAGUUGAGGCGUUGGGUUUGAAAUUUCAACGUUGUUCUCUUGGGAUGGAGUUUUGUGGUUCUUUUCAUAGAAAGGCUAUUUCAAUUUAUGUUACAAUAA